AUGGCUUUUAGUUUACUUCGAUUCUUAGCUGAAUUUUUAUUGUUUACAACGGUGUGUGGUGGUAAUGAUGAUGAAAUUAGAUUUCAUUUGUCUUCAAGUUUUUUUUCCGUUGUAACCGCAAAAUAUGUAGCUAGGCAGAAUAUUUUCCGAACUCUAAACAAAUGUCGUCAUGUCAAUAGUAAACGUUUAUCAAAUUCAACAGACCUAGACGGAAUACAAUGGAAAAUUUCGCCAGUUUUAAUGACAACCCCAAAUCUAGACACUUUUUUUGACUCUACGUAAUAUUACAAUUUUAUGAGCGUGAAAGAACAAUAUGCCAUAACUUAAUUAAUCAACAGUCUUUUUAUGGGCUCACACUGGGCGGUAGAGUGCCAUCAUUAAACAAUCAAUCGAUUCAAUAUUCAUGUGUUACUGUCUGAUCUCCCAAUAACGCUUGAAUGAACAUCAAAAUCUUCUAAUGCACAACCAUCAAAAAUAUUUUGGUCUUUUUUCUUCUCGUCG